GUGGCCUUUUGCCAAUUGUUAAUAAGGAUAAAGCAAGGACUGCACUAAAGACGGUUUACAACUCUAAUGUAUUGAAGGUGAAAGAUGGUAAGUGAGAGGCUGUAAAUGGUAUGUUACCCAGCGGGAGAAGUCAAUAUGUCAUCAAUGCAAUCAAAAGAAAUAUGGUCUGGAGUCACAUACGCAGUGGCUGCAGCAAUGAUCCAUGAAGACAUGGUGGAUAUGGCUUUCCAUGCAGCAAGUGGAAUCUUUGAAGCUGCCUGGUCAGAAGGAGGACUCAGCUACUCAUUUCAAAUGCUGGAAGGUUGGAACACAAAAUCUAAAGUGUCAAACCAGGGGCCUAGACCAGAACCAGAGGCAGACUCUCUACUCGUGGCUUAUACUAGGUUCUCCAGGGUUGCUAGGCUGCAAAAGUUGCCUGGAGCAUAAAUCCCGUAGUCUUUUGCGGGCUUUAUUCAACUAUACUUUGCCGAAGGAUGUUAAUAUGAAUAUUCAUGGGAUUGAUAUUGUUGUAUACAGAGAGGUGUUAAACAAGACAAUAAUUGAAAAAAUUGAGG